AUGUCUAGAGGAAGAAACACUGACUUCAUGGUUUCCUGGAACUCGAAGCCAGUUGACGAGAAGGAAAUAUCUGUCCGGUCUUUACGAACGAAAUUCCCGCACAUAUGGCUGCGUGACUCAUGCCAAUGUCCCUCCUGUGUCCACACAUCAACUCUGCAGAAACUUCACAGGACGUCUGAUAUUUCGUCUGAUAUGCAUCCCGUCCCUAACGGUGUCACAACGACUCACGAAGGCGUGCACGUCAAAUGGAAGGACGGACACGAGUCUAUUUACCAUUAUUCAUUUCUCGAAAGGCACUCUUCCUCUGCGGCACUUUCUCGCUAUCACAAAGAUCAAGAAACGAAGAUGUGGGAUGGCCAAUCGAUAGCCAAAACAGAUAAUCUAUUUCUGCCUUAUGAUUCCCUACGAAAUACUUCCAGCCUGCUAUCUGCCAUCACCCAACUCACCCAGUUCGGUCUGCUCUUCGUCACUGGUGUGCCCAAUCACGAACACGAUAACCAGACAUGCGAGCUACGCCGUCUCGCCAAUACCUUUGGUGAACUUCGCGAAACAUUCUACGGAGAACUCUGGGACGUUAAGAAUGUCCGAAACAGCCGCAAUAUAGCAUACACAAAUCUGAACCUAGAUCUACAUAUGGAUCUCCUAUAUUUCCAACACCCACCUCGUUACCAGAUUCUGCACUGUCUACGGAAUCGUGUCUUGGGCGGUACUUCCGUUUUUGUGGAUGCCUUCCACGUAGCGUCGACGCUGCGUUCAUCGAACCCCGCGGAUUUCGAUACACUAGCCAACACUCCUGUACCUUUCCACUACGUCAACGACGGCCACCAUCUACAUUUCGAGCAUCCCACAAUUGAACUCGCUUCCCCUUCUCCCGCAACAUCGUCCCCAAAUUCCAGUCUGGACGCUUCAACCCAGGAUAAAAUCCAGAUUCAACACAUCAACUAUUCCCCACCGUUCCAAGCCCCUCUCCUUCUUCAUUCGACGCCACCCACGUUUUACCCCGCCCUCAAGCGAUUCGCUACUCUUUUGGAUGAUCCUAUCAACCGGUUUGAAUACACACUUCGCGAAGGCGAUGCAGUCUUAUUCGAUAACAGACGUGUCCUACAUGCUAGGACAGCUUUCAGUAAUCCCGAGGAUAAUAAUUCUGAAAAGGAUGGUGAGCCUAAUCGAUGGCUCAAGGGAUGUUACCUCGAGGCGGACGCUAUUUUAGACCGCGCGAGAGUGAUGAGAACAAGUGCAGAGGUAAACUCUACAAAAAUAGAAUAGAUGUAUCACAGACAUGAAUAUCAAUGAUCUGAAUCAUUU